GUAGAAUAGGGGGUCCCUGCUCCACCUCGCCAUCAGUUUGGGGGACCUUGGCUUGAAAAACGUUGAAGACCUCUGGAUUAGUUGAGUUAAUCAACAGAUUUGAUACAAAUUCAUAUGUCAGCUAAACGUCAAGGAGGGAGCAGCCGUAUAGCAGCAGUACAUAUGAGUGGACUUUAAAAAAAGAUGGUAGUGUUGGCAUUCAAUGCAGAACACUCACAUUUAGUGCAGGUCAGAAUUUACACUACACUUUGCGUAUAGAAAGAUAAACUUUUGCAAAUGGCAGGUCACAUUUGACCACACGUCCCUUCGUGCCAUCUGACCUGGCAGUCCUCCCAAAAAUUAACAGAGGGGAGUCACAUCUGCGCUCUCUCCCUUUCUCUCUUCUCCUCGCGUCUCUGUGUCUCUUUACACCAUCUAUGCAAUCCACAUGGGAGGGAAUACAGUCUUAGUUAUCAAAUUUAAUUUGUUUCCACCGCGAGAAAAAGAACAAGUGAAGAAAAUCACAGGAUUUAAUCGUUAUUAUAAAUCUGAAUCAUUGUGCGGCACCGAUGUACAUAUUGUAAAUCAAUCAUGCUUGCUUCGGUGUAGUGAGUGUGGGUACAUGUCCAAUGAAGUGUUUUUUAUCAAGAAUCGUCUACAUGUGGAAUAUCCAUGUACACGUGUGUGAAGAAUGACUCGGUUAUAGAUGGAAGAUGGAGCGAUAACUAUAUGGGAAGUAAAGACUGCUCCUAGGAAACCUCCCUUUCCCUCUCAGAGGAGAUGAAGGCCGUCUACCCAGUUUAUUUAUUUUUCAUCUGCAGAUGGAAACUUAAGAGCAGUGGAGCCCCGGUGGAGGUACUGACUGGGCUUCUGUCCCUCGCUUUUCCCUAUUUCUUCCCACCCGCUCACUUUCCAUCUUCCACCUUACUGAUCUGCACCAGAGAGCUGCCCUGUCUCUCUGGGAGAUGGGGCAAGAGGAGAAGCUCAAUCACUUUGCCUUUUUUUCCUGCCUCACAGUCAAACUCUAUUCAUCCUACACUGCUGUGGUCUGCAGAGCAAACCGAGCCCAGAUCUUCUUCGGGCUCCUCCUAGGCUUGCAUUGCUACGUGGGAAGCGCCGCUUCUCAUCCCAGCCCUCCUCAUUAACAGCAUUCCCAUCACACACGAGUCAUUAAAAGAGCGACUUGUCCUCACCCUCCCACCCCCCCCAUCCCCUCUGGUGUUUUCCUUUCAUCGUUCCAGUUCUCUGUUUAGAUGAACCAGUGGUGUGAAUGUCUUGGCUGACACCUUUACUCCACCAGGACCAAAGUGAAUUAUUGGGAGGCAGAGAAGUGGGGCUACAUAAUCUUUGUAAGGCUGCCUCUCCGCGGCCUGUUAUACUUAUACCAGACAUACUUAUGUUGUCAUGGUAGCUCGCGAAAGGCUGACUUUCGGCUCCCUAUUUUUCUUAACGAACAAAGGUGUCAAAUGCAUCAUCGCAUUUGGGUCAUUUGGGAGGAUCCCCAUAGUUGCAAAAAGUAAAGAUGCUUAAAAUAAGAGUGCUGCAGAAAGUAUGCAAGGGAAACCAUACUUCCCAAUCUGCAAUCCCUUAACCUUUGUAACAUCUAGGGAGGGAUCAGUGCAGGUUUUCAACAAGCACAUAAGUAAGAUGACAUUGUAGAUACAGUGGAGUAUAAAACUAAUCACCUGGCGAGGACUCGGCCAGGUGAUCUACGUUGUGUUGCCACGGCGGGAGACGCAAACCAUGACAAGCUUCUACAUUUCUAUGGGGGGGAGAGAGCAAGGCCACGUGGGAGGGGGAGGGUGCGUUACAUAGGGGACCCGCUGCAAAAGAGUAUAGUAGGCUUUGUAUAGUGACACACUCUUCAUUAUUCCUCACCCCCAUCCCCCACCCACCCUAUGUAAUAGCCUCCUUAUUUUCUUCCCCUUCCCUGUGCCUGUCCCUCUCGUCACCUUUCUCCCACUUCUCCGUCUUCCUCUGCACUCCAUCCCGUGCCUAACUAACUUCAUUGACUGCAGAGAAUGCUGAGGGUGCAGUACCGGGAGAACCCAGCAUCAAUUAGAAUCUAAAGUGCACUUUUUUUUUUGUCCCCUCCAUGCCAAAUUAAAUUACCCUAUAAAUAAAAAAAUAAAAAAGCCCGAUGGAAAAGCAAUGAACUUUAAUUAUCGAAGCAGAUCCUCAGCAUGGGUCACUGCUCACUGCACUCGGGUUGUCAGCUCUCACACUGCACAUGUGCUGGCUUGGGGCCACUGCUUACAGACUUACAUUUAAAAAAAGUCUGUCUCACACGUAAUGAUCAAACCUAUCUGGUCAGGCCUCAAAUUAUUUGUCCACAUCAUUGCAAACAGCCUCUAAUUACACUCAGCAUGCAUACGUAUUUUAUUAAGUGAUGUUCAAACAUGUUUGAGAAUCUAUUUUUUAGUAAUGAUUUAACAAUGUAUUAAUCGCAUAAAUGUGUUUAAUUAAUCAUGAUUGUGUAUGUGAUCUUUGACCUCAUGCACGCGCAAGGGGGCGUGUACAGGAAGUGGGCGUAACCGCCGCCAUUUUGCGGUCAUGCCCGGAAAUGCGUCAUUUUACCAGUGGAAACGGAAAUACGUCAUUUUGGGGCGUGAUUUGUAGGGGGGCGUGCACUGUUUAAGCAUAAAUACGCCAUUUUGACGAUGACGUUAUUUGGUGCCGCGAUCGAACCUUUUGGACUCAUCCACGGGGUUCACGCUCCAGGAUUCUUAGUGAAAGAGCAGAGGCCUAUCCCAGUGUGGUCCCGGUGUCUUCUUCUUCUCUUCAAAGGUAUGAGAGGCCCCGCCACAAAACAGUGAGACACUGGUGCUUCUGUUCAGAUUCACCAUUAACAUCUUAAUGCAUGAAUUAGGGGGCUAUCUUCUUCUUAGCCAUCAGGACACAAUUUGUAACCUAACAGAGGAAAGCCCUGAGGGUCACAAAGGCCUACCCGCAGGAAAACAGACAUCUUAAGUUUUUAACGAGGAAUACAUGUGUCGACUUAGUGCAGCAUAAUGUGACACAGCACCCCGACGGUGCCAACCCCCAAAUGUCCCGAGAACCCCCCUGAGGGUCACAAAGGCCUACCCUCAGGAAAACAGACAUCUUAAGUUUUUAACGAGGAAUACAUGUGUUGACCUAGCACAGCAUAUUGUGACUCAGCACCCCAACGGUGCCAAACCCUAAAUGGCUCGAGAAUGGCCCCCCUGAGACCCCCUGAGACCCCCAGGGAUGGAGAAAAAACAGUGUCCUUAUGUGGUAAACAGUGAGCAGUUUGUUUAGUUUUAAUCAACAGAUGAACCCCCCUGAGACCCGGGGGGGUGUAAAAAACAGGAUCCUUAGGUGGUAACGAUGAUGCAUUCGGGGGUAUGGGUCUCCUAUAUAGAUACAGCCACGGUUCACUUGACACCUUGGCAGACUGGUGCAUCCUCAUAUUUAAGACAUUUCCAUUGAGAGUCAGAUGUACUACAAGGGGGGAGCAAUGGACCAGAUACGUGGUAUUUACACCUUUUAGAAAUAGAUGACAGCUUGACGCCUAUACAUGUGAGUCUUGAAAAACUGAAAAAGGAGGUUGCUGCACUCAAUUGUCUACCACCAACGACUAUGUGCACCAACCAGGGAACUGGCACAGAAUCGACAUCUUGGGAAAAACCGACUGAUCGUCGUUAUCAAAAGGGGGUUGCAGCAGGGAUCAGCUUGACCUGUCUACACCAACAAAGGACACAUGGAACUAUCCAGGAUGCUUGACUGACGAGGAAAUGCUGCAGGGGAUCUGUGACUAUGAAGAAGAGAGUACUACAGUAGAAGCAACAUCGGAAGAGUGUGUAACCCCAUUUCAACAAAACAGAGCAGGUAUACCCACAGAACCCACGGUUGUGAUUGUGCACCCGAGGGACACCGCUAACACCUUAUAUGUAGAGUUGAUAAAUUAAAUCAGUGAACUGAAAUCUGAAAUCAGUGUUGAACAGUCCAACACUGCAUUAAAAGAGAUAGUAACCGAUCUAUGUAAGAAACAAAGGGAGGCUAGACAAACACAGGACGCCAACGGCAGCUCCAUAAAACAAUACCUGAUAGCUCAGAAUGCAUCCAGUGAAGCUAUCAUAGCUCUACUUACAAAUACAUUUUAUCCAAGGUAAUCUACUAGGGAUGGUGUCUAUAAGGGGUGGUGUCUAAAUGAACAAUACAGACGUGUAGUACGCCUUGCCCCAGAAAAGUUUUGAAGAGGGGCACGGGUGAUAUACAACGAUCAGGGGAUAACCAUAAUAAUAAUAAUAAUAAUGAUGAUGGGUAUAGGGUCCUGUUACAGAAUACAGAGGAACAGCUUAAAAGCCUACAAGCACUGGUGGAGAGAUCGCGCGUUGAUGCUGCUGCUGCUGCUGCAUGCGCUGCAGAAGCUUUUCAUGAUGUUGACAGAAUUCAUUAUACAGAACAACAUUCAUCGUAUCUAGAUAGCAAGUAUGCAGACUCUGUCAGUGUCCUAGACCCUGGGUUUAAUACCUCUGGCGCAAAUAGCCAUGUGUUGGAUCAUGCAGAUGGACCACUUGUGUACACAGACAAUGAUGCAGGGGCUGUGGGGUGUGUGUCGGCAGAAAUAUGUGACGACCGGCUGAAUCAGAUGGGGACAAAUGGAGAUGUGGAGCAUGAACAGGGUGUUGGGGGGCCUGCUAAGUGUCAAGAGGGAGGGUCAGGGGAGCAGGCACGAACAGAAGGGGGGCAUGAUAAUACACUAACAGGAGGAGGAGGGGAGAUAAUGAGGGGGGGUGAGACCUCCUCAGGCAUAGAGGGAAGACAGUCACCAGGAGAGAGAUGCCUUCAUUCAAUGCAUUUGAGCUUAGACAAAGGGUUGAUUUCAGAAACGUGGAUCUUACUCACCUCGAGCAAAUCCCCUACAUGGUCAGAGAAAGAGUGGCGGGUGUAAUUGAUAGAGCUGUAGAGGCCUCUCCGGCUGGUAGUGUGCUGAACGUUUUGUUACGGGGGCCUUCAUUGGCUAGUGAUAUACAAGCUGUUCUACGUGUAAACGAGUCGUACAACUCUCGACUUGUUUAUGGAGCAAAUUGCUCAAGUGAUACAGAGCAAUGAUGAGGCUAUAACGGAUGAUGAAUUGGAAUUAGUGAUCACCGUAGCUAAAAAUAGAAACGGUGGGGUCUAUCUAAAAUAAGCAAAUGUACCCUAUGAUGAGAUAUUAUCAAAGAAGUGUCGGUGUCUGCACACCCCUGACAAUACUGAUAAUAACGUGUGCUUUUCACUCUGUUUAGCACAUUUUAAUCAUCCAGACAUGUCCCUGCAAGCUAAAGUGAGAUUUGCAACUCAACCACAUAGCUCGUUGGGUUUUGGACCAAUGCACAAGGUCUCAUUCUCCGAUGUAGAUGCUUUUGAAAGACAUCUGGGUGUGAAAAUCAUAAUCUUCCACCAUGCAGCAGGUUGGAGCAGGAUGAGGCGCAUACACAAUGCGCCUCAUCCCCAGACAGUCUGGUUAUAUCUACACAAUAACCAUUAUCACCUGAUUGAAAACCAGCAAGGCUUUUUUGGGGCAAAACAAGUAUGCCGGUAUUGCUACCAAACCUAUGACCAUCGACUAUACCACAGCUGUGAACAUCUGUGUAAUGUGCGUUUUACAUUAGAGUGUCGUACACAUGUGGUUAAAACACAGAAAUACGGUGAUUGUAAACGCAUAUGUAAGUCAGAAUAUUGUUUUGAUCAGCACAAGCGUCCAGAAAGCGUCCAUGCCCUCAUACCCUGUGAUGCUAUGAAAUACUGUGAUGCAUGUGGAAAAACAUACAAAGCAGGACAAAAAGCGCACAAAUGCGCUCCAAAAGUCUGCGCCCACUGUGGUGAGCAACAGAUGGAGAGCAAAGAUAAACAUGAGUGUUUUAUUCAGCCUCUUGAAAAGAAAGAGCUGCAAACAACCUACAUAUUAUUUGACUUUGAGACAAGGUUUCAUAACGGAAAACACGAGGCAAAUUAUGUAUGUGCUAUGGAUUUAGAGGGAAAAAAGUUUUGUUUCAGUACUUUGAAUUGUGUGGACACCUUUGUGAAGUAUUACAGAAGACCGAGAUACAAAGGCUACACGUUUAUUGCCCACAACGCAUCCGGCUUUGACAACUAUAUUUUGUUGGAAUAUUUUGUAAAACAAAAGAUCACUCCGCAAGUCAUCAUGAGAGGGAGUAGGGUAAUACUGAUGUAUGACAUUUCAUACCGGCAGAGAUGGAUUGACUCAUUCAGUUUCCUGCCCAUGCGAUUGUCAAAACCCCCGCUGCCCUAGGGUUCAGUGAUGUCGAGAAGGCUAUUUUCCCCACAAGUUCAACACCCGGGAGCAUGAGUAUUAUGUCGGUAAAUAUCCUGAUCCGUCCUACUACGGCUUUGAUGAUAUGAGUGAUAGCAAUAAAGCAACAGUGAUGGAAUGAUAUACUGCCGUUUCAGGCGGAACAUUUGACUUCCAAAAAGAAAUCGGACGCUACUGUGUUAACGAUGUAGAAGUGUUGCGAAGAGCCUGCAGCAUCUAUCGUGAGACAUUCAUAGAGUGCACGGAGCUUGACCCCUUCUCAUUUACCACCCUAGCAUCCAGCUGCAUGGGGGGUGUUCAAAACCCUGUUUCUCUCAAAGGACACAGUUGCUCUGACGUUUGAGGGGGCAUACACUGCUCAGAAUAAGACGUAUUCUGAUGUAUCGAUGCAAUGGCUUGAAUAUGUGGCCCUCACAGAGAAUAUCGAGAUUAAACAUGCUCUCAAUCACGGUGAACAGCUUUUUGAGCCGUUCUAUGUGGAUGGCUAUAAUUCUGUAGCAAACACUUGCUAUGAAUUUGAUGGAUGUUUUUUCCACGGAUGUGUCAAAUGCCACGUCCAGAGCGACAUGAACCCUGUUACAAAAAUCACCUACGGUAGACAAUACAAGGUGUUCAUGGACAAAAUAUAUACUCUGAAAAAACAACAGGCUGCGAGUUGUAGUGAUGUGGGAGUGUGAGUGGUCUUCGUUAAAACGGACGAGCGGGGCUGUACAGGCUUUUAUGGCUACUUACAAAAAGCGUGAGCGUCUAGAGCCUAGAAAGGCCCUUUUUGGGGGACGUACAAAUGCUAUGAAGCUGUACCACAAGAUCGGUGCUGAUGAAAAAAUCAGGUACUACGACUUCACCAGUCUUUAUCCAACGGUUCAGGCUAAAAAGCAGUAUCCAGUUGGACAUCCUCAGGUUAUCCUGAAGGAUUUUGAGUCUAUUGACAAGUAUUUUGGACUCAUAAAGUGCACAGUGCUACCGCCCAGAGGGCUGUUUCACCUGGUCCUACCAUACAGAUGUUGUGACAAACUCAUGUUCUCCUUGUGUGGCAAAUGUGCUGAGGAUUUGAAUCAGAGUGGCGAGUGCACUCACGGAGACAGAGACAGACUGCUGGCGGGGGUCUGGGUGUCAAUUGAACUGCAGAAGGCUGUGAAAAAAGGGAUACAGGAUUGUGUCCAUUGAUGAAGUUUGGCAUUUCCCCAACAAAACAGACACAUUGUUCAGCGGGUAUGUGAAGACAUUCAUGAAGUGUAAACAGGAAGCGUCAGGCUACCCUGGCCAUGUCAAAACCCCUGACGACAAGGAGAAAUAUGUCAAAAACUAUUUUGAAAAGGAAGGCAUUCAAUUAAACCCUGACAAAAUCAGGGUCAACAAAGUCAUGAGAAGCUGCAACAAACUCCUCUUAAACUCUUUGUGGGGCUGUUUUAGUAUGCGCAAUAAUAUGCCUGCAUGCGAGCUGAUCACAGAUCCGGCUCGGUUCACACAAUUGAUGUUUAGUGACCACUUUGAUGUGCGACAAUUCUGUUUUAUCUCAGAUGACGUGGCUUUGGUACAGUGGCGACAUGCAGACGCCAGCGGUUCCCGUAUAAAAGACUGUUACGUCCCCAGAAAUCUGGGUUCGUAUAAUUAUUCCAAUUCGGGGAUUACUUGUAGUUGCGUGUGUGUGUGUGUGUGUGUUUUUUCCAGAUAGGAUUGGGACCCGGAGCUCCACCCCCCUCAUCAGUGGUUGCAGCUGGCUGGGCUCUUUAAAAAGCCCAGUUUUGGACCAGUUUGGGCGCUGCAUGCUCGCUGCAUAUUCCCAUAUGUUGCCUUUGGGAGUGGGGAGUAGAUUUAGAGCUACCCCGGGGUAUACAUCACCCGUAGGUUUACUUCUCUGUCUAGGAACACCAGUUUGGACCUGAGCGGACCACCACCUAUAAAGGCACUAAAAUAUCAGCAUCGGCAAAGAGUCCCAAGGAAGCGGUUGAAAGGAAAACUACUCAAUGAUGAUUUAGGGACAGAUUUACAGUGGAUUGGAAGUUAACAAAAGGAUGACCAGAUCACCUUGGAACUGUGAUUAAAUUGGCAGCGAGGCCAAAUCCUCAUUCCAAAGAGUGCAAAACCAGUCAAUGAAUUAUGAAUGUUAAACAAGAUGACCUCCUCUCAGCAGCAGCAGAUGAUGCAAGGUCCUAGGUGGAACCGGGCCUUGUCUGACCCUUUUUUUGUGCUGCUUCUGGCCCUCCAGCUGCUGGUGGUGGCAGGGCUGGUACGCGCUCAGACAUGCCCCUCUGUCUGCUCCUGUAGUAAUCAGUUCAGCAAAGUCAUCUGCACCCGGCGAGGCCUGCGAGAUGUCCCUGAUGGCAUCUCUACCAACACCCGAUACCUAAAUCUGCAAGAAAACCUAAUUCAGGUCAUAAAGGUGGACAGCUUCAAGCACUUGAGACAUCUGGAGAUCCUACAACUGAGCAAAAACCACAUACGCAAAAUUGAGUUGGGCGCCUUUAAUGGACUGGCCAGCCUCAAUACCUUGGAGCUUUUUGAUAACCGCCUCACCACUAUCCCCAACGGGGCCUUUGAGUACCUGUCCAAACUAAAGGAGCUUUGGCUGAGGAAUAACCCCGUAGAGAGCAUCCCCUCCUAUGCUUUCAACAGAGUGCCCUCAUUACGCCGGUUGGACCUCGGGGAGCUCAAACGUCUCUCCUACAUAUCUGAGGGUGCCUUUGAAGGGCUGAGCAAUCUACGCUACCUAAAUCUGGGAAUGUGCAAUCUGAAGGAAAUUCCCAACCUUAUCCCCCUAGUGAAGCUGGAUGAACUGGAGAUGUCAGGGAACCAGCUCGCUGUUAUCCAACCUGGCUCUUUUAGGGGGCUCAUCUAUUUGCAGAAGCUAUGGAUGAUGCAUGCCCAGAUCCAGACAAUAGAAAGGAACUCUUUUGAUGACCUGCAGUCACUAGUGGAGCUCAAUCUAGCCCAUAACAACCUUACUCUUUUGCCCCACGAUCUCUUCACUCCUUUACAUCAUCUAGAGAGGGUACACUUGCACCACAACCCGUGGAAUUGUAACUGUGACAUCCUCUGGCUCAGCUGGUGGCUGAAGGAGAUGGUCCCAGCUAACACCAGCUGCUGUGCCCGUUGCAGCUCACCAACCCACCACAAAGGACGAUACAUUGGCGAGCUGGACCAGAACCACUUUCACUGUUACGCUCCUGUUAUUGUGGAGCCUCCAGCAGAUCUAAAUGUGACGGAAGGAAGCGCUGCCGAGUUGAAAUGCAGAGCCAGCUCUUUGACGUCGGUAAACUGGAUUACACCCAAUGGUUCCAUCAUGACACACGGAGAUUACAAAAUCAGAAUAUCUGUGCUUACCGAUGGCACCCUGAACUUUACCAAUGUUACCAUGCAAGACACCGGAACGUACACGUGUAUGGUCAGUAAUUCUGCAGGAAACACAACAGCGUCUGCCACUCUCAAUGUGUCCUCUACUGAGAACAGCAGCUUCAGCUACUUCACCACGGUGACGGUGGAGACAAUAGAAUCACCACACAAUGAAGCCUUCACCAUUGCUGUGCAGCAGAAGGUGGGCCCCACCCCUCCUGCUGGUACAUGGGAGUCUGUUUUGCCAACCUCCACAACAACCACAACAGUCCGGACUCCGCUCUACACCCGCACCACAGAGAAGACCUACACCAUCCCAGUCACAGAUCGCGAUGGUUCACUGAAUGGUUUGGAUGAGGUCAUGAAGACCACCAAGAUCAUCAUCGGCUGCUUUGUUGCAAUCACACUCAUGGCAGCAGUCAUGUUGAUCAUCUUCUACAAGAUGCGUAAACAGCACCACCAGCAGAACCACCACGCACCCACACGCACCAUUGAGAUCAUCAAUGUGGAUGAGGACUGUGUAACUGGAGGCCAGGGCAUGGAAGGGCACCUCACCCUGCCUCCUCUUGAGCAUGAGCACCUCAACCACUACAACGCCUACAAGACUGCGUACAAUCAUGCCUCCACUAUCAACUCUAUACACAGUCCAGCCCACGAACCUUUGUUAAUUCGGGCCAGCUCAAAAGACAACGUACAAGAGACCCAGAUCUAAUAUAUUUGUGUUUUUUUCUUCAAAAUCAAACACAUUGAAUGACAUGAAGACAUUAAUGACAGAACAUAACAGACAAUUUGGUUUUGAGAACUAUGGCUAAAAAAAAUGGAGCAACAGACUUGUGCAUUUGGCAAAUUUGUGGCUGGUGAUGUUUAUUCAAUGACUUUGGGAAUUAGGGUAUGUCUACUGUUUCAAAAAGUGUCUUAACAUAACAGAAGUUAUUUAUUUAACAAAAACCUAUUGUGGUUAAAUCAAGAAAAACGUUUAUUCUGCAUUUAUUUUUUCAGCACUGAUUUUUUUUCCUCAUUUCAACAGAUUGGUUUACGAGUACUUUCAAACUACUAAAGAAAAUCAUUGUUCGUUCUGGACAAACUGCAGCCUUUGGAUCAGACUUAAUUUCGCCCAUCUAUCAGACAAAUCUAGAGCACAUUAGUGAUCUGCUUCAGCUGUGGAUAAAGUGAUGAAAUCUAACUGAGAUUAGUUGGACACUUCAUUCAUGUUCAAAAUCUCACAGUGAGUGACGUAAAUGUCAGUGUCGGAAUUUGAUCAUAAUUCAUUAUUUAAUCAUAUCUGUCAGAUACACUUUAAGCACUCUGUUUUGCAAUCAAAAGACUGAGGAUCGUAAAUGAGGAGAAUAUGUCCUUUGUUCCACUGUUGUAAAAGUAGAGGCUCGGUAUUAGAAACACAUUUAAGUUAAAUUCACUUAUAUUGAUUAACUAUGAAAAAUCUUACAUUUGUUUUGUGUUCCUAAUGUAUAUGCAAAAUGUUAUCCCCAAUCUCCACUUCUUCUGACUGAAGUUACCAGCUUCUCUUGGAUGUAUUACAACCAUUAUAGAGAACGUUCCAUUAAUAGACCGGUUUAGAUUCAGAGGGCCAUGAUACAGGAACGGCAUUAAUUGGUACCUUAGAAUCUGCAUAAUUGUGAAUAAAAAUGUAGGAGAGUGUUGUGAAGAAUGUAGAUGAUCUUACAUUAUGGCAAAAGUUCACUGCCUGGAAAUGUUUUCAAUGUAUCAUGACCUCACUUUUACAUAUCAGGGCUUUGCAGUGUGGCAUUUAAAAGGAGGCUGCUUUUAAGUCAUCCUAUUCAUGCUGGGACCCCCUUACCUCAUCUGCAACACUGUAGGACUGAGUGCUGUCAGAAGCAGACUGAUGAGCAGAUGAAAGAGCUUAAACCCUUUAUACAGCUGCCUGAGCACAUUGCCUGUCAUCUGUGUGCCACCCUCUCACAUGGGCAGUACCUGGCACCUCCAGAUUCACGCCCUGCCCCUGCCAACCGCAGGACAUGGCCCCCGAGCAGCGGGGAUUAUGCCGUGAGAGGCUUUAGGAGUGUGUGGGAUCGACCAGAUGUUUGGGUCGCACCUGCUUCUAUCCCCUCUCCCUUUUGAAACACCGCAAUAUCCAUUUUAAUUGAUGAUGCUCAUGGCUUUUGCAUGAACACUGCUCCACAUGCAGCCGUGCCCUGGAAACCGUUUCAAAGUCCCACUCGUGAAAAUGGUAGCGGGCAACAUAAAUUCAGAGGUUAGGCAGACAUUUGUCAGAUUCAACACUUACAUAAAUGCCCCCAGGUAUAUUUUUAUGAGACAACUGCAGUUUUUGCUCCACUUGCAUAAAAAUGUUAUAUGUAUGAAAGUUAGGCCACUUUCUUGCUUUAGUCAAUAAGGACAUAUAUAAAAGACAAUGGCUCUUUAAAAAAUACAGUUACAGAUAGUGGCAUGCGCUUUUUUGGGGGGCCACCAUUCACUCCUCUAAACUUGAAGCCCAAAUUUCACAAUUUAUACACUCUUUUUUUCAAACAUCCGAUACUAGUUUCAUCUUGGGUUAAUGAUUGGAUUUUACUCAUGUUAAAUAAUCCAUAUCUCUACAGUCCAUGUGCAUGCUCAUGUUUUUCUAAACUUUAGUGUAGUACAGUUAAAACACAACUCUUUCAUGGGCUGUCCAUGUAGGUAAAAGCCUGUUAUAGCACCCACUUUCUGUCCUUUAAAUUAAUUAAUUAAAUUAAUUAAAUUCACUGUAAUCCACAUUUGCCAACCCCUGAACAUUCUAAAAGAAAGCAGAGUAGCUGAAUAUGAGUUUUCCAGGAGUUCACUUCCCACAUUUCAGAAUAAAGACAAACAAACAAAAUGACUAAACAAUAAACUAUUCACAGCCACCAUUGAAGCUAAUACAAGAUGGAGUGUUUUAUUAUCGAAAAAAGAGCUGUGACCUUAAACACAAAAUAAGCUGCUUCCCAUAACUCAAUUAUUAUCAAAAAAAGUAAAAAAGAGUUAGAAAGAUAAUAGAACGAUAAUCCUGGAUUUGUUUAGUAAAUUAGUUUAAUCCACUUUGAAUUCUCUGUCCCCAGACCUUUUUAGUCCAGACAGAAGGAUAAUUGAUAUCAUAAUUUUUUUGUCACCCCUUGACACAACUCAUCCCAUAAUUGCACUUCUGUAGAAUGAAAUUGGCUUCUAUUAUUUUUCUGUGUUUAAGUUCCUUUGGUUGGAAAAUACAGUUUUACUCAGUUUACCUAAGAGAAUGCAACCAUUCUCCCGUUUGCCUUUUGUUGGAGGUAAAUCGUCUGAAAAUCGACAUGGUCAAUUUGUUGCAUUUUAGUCAAGCUGUCUCAUGUAUGUAAGAUAUCUAAAAAAAAAUUGUCAAUUUUACUUUUUUUUUUUACAUUCUUUUUUUCUCAGAGGGAAUGCUGUUUUAGUGGUAGAUUUAUAUAAAAAAACAUUUUUAGAAUAAAAUACAACAAAAAAAUGGAUACAUUAUGAUUUUACUUGUGCCAACAACCUGUUCUAAAAUUGAAAAAGAGAAACAUGCUGUAAAAGAAUAAGAUUGGUUUUCAUGUUAGCAUUCUUUCAAGACCUUUAAAAAGAUAUGCAGAUUGAUUAUAGAGACCAGAGUUUGUAGUUACACAAAAUAUGGUUAAAUAAACUAUUGUUGUUUUUCUGUA